AUGAAGAUAUCAAUUGAUACAAUUAAUAAAUUACAAUCAAAUGCUGAAUGUAUAAGAAAUAUAUGUAUAUUAGCUCAUGUAGAUCAUGGGAAAACUUCAUUAAGUGAUUCUUUAUUAGCUACUAAUGGUAUUAUAUCUCAACGUAUGGCUGGUAAAGUUCGAUAUUUAGAUUCGAGAGAAGAUGAACAAUUAAGAGGUAUAACUAUGGAAAGUUCAGCAAUUUCAUUAUAUUUUAAAAUAAUGAAACAAAGAGAAGAAGAAGUAGAGUUGAAGGAGUAUUUAAUAAAUUUAAUUGAUUCACCAGGUCAUAUUGAUUUUUCAUCUGAAGUUAGUACUAGUUCAAGAUUAUGUGAUGGGGCAAUUGUUUUAGUAGAUGUUGUUGAAGGUGUUUGUUCACAAACUGUAAAUGUUCUAAGACAAUGUUGGAUAGAUAAAUUAAAACCAAUUUUGGUGAUUAAUAAAAUUGAUAGAUUAAUUAUAGAAUGGAAAUUAUCACCAUUAGAAGCAUAUCAACAUAUUUCAAGAAUUAUAGAACUAGUUAAUUCCGUCAUUGGUUCAUUUUUUGCUGGUGAUAGAUUAGAAGAUGAUUUAAAUUGGAGAGAAUCAGGUCAAAUUGGUGAAUUUAUUGAAAAAUCGGAUGAAGAUUUAUAUUUUACACCUGAGAAAAAUAAUGUUAUAUUUGGUUCUGCAAUUGAUGGAUGGGCAUUUUCAAUAGACACAUUUAGUAAAAUAUAUCUGAAGAAAUUAGGAUUUAGUCAAAAUGCAUUACUGAAGACAUUAUGGGGAGAUUUUUAUUUAAAUAUGAAAGAAAAAAAGAUAAUACCGGGUAAAAAGUUGGGAAAACAAAAUUUAAAACCUUUAUUUGUAUCAUUAAUUUUAGAACCAAUUUGGUCAGUUUAUGAAAAUUGUUUAAUUGAAAGAAAUCAAGAAAAAUUGGAAAAAAUCAUUGAAAAAUUGGGUGUUAAAGUAUCACCAAGAGAUUUAAGAUCGAAAGAUUAUAAAACUUUAUUAAAUGUUAUAAUGUCACAAUGGAUUCCUUUAAGUCAUGCCAUAUUAGGGAAUGUUAUUGAAUAUUUACCAAAUCCGAGAAUUGCACAACAUGAAAGAAUCGAUAAAAUAUUAAAUGAAACUGAAAUGAUAGAUAAAAUGGAUGCAAAUUUUUUAAAAUCAAUAAGGGAAUGUGAUAAUAGUGAUUCAAAAUAUACUCUUGCAUAUGUUUCAAAAUUGUUAUCUAUACCAAAUGAAGAAUUACCAAAAGAAGUUACAAAUGUUUUAACACAAGAGGAAAUACAGGAAAGGUCUAGAAUUGCAAGAGAAUUAGCUAGAAAAGCAUCUGAACAAAUAGUUGAAAAGAAAGAAAAAGAUCCAUUUGAAUGGGAAUUUGAAGAAGAAGAUUUUGAGGAAGUAGAAGAUGAAGAAAUUGAAAUGACUAUAGUUGGAUUUACACGUAUAUAUUCUGGUUCAUUAACUAAAGGUCAAAAAAUAACUAUAGUUGGACCUAAAUAUGAUGGAUCAAAUGAAGAAAUUACCACUGGUGUUGAAAUUCAAGAUUUAUUUUUAAUUAUGGGUAGAGAAUUAGUUAGAAUGGAAACAAUACCAGCUGGUAAUAUUUGUGGUGUUGUUGGUUUAGAAGAUAUUGUUCUUAAAAAUGCAACAAUCAUGUCUCCAACUGAUCAAUAUAUAAAUUUAGCAUCAACAUCAACAUUAAUACAUAAUAAACCAAUUAUGAAAAUUGCAGUUGAACCUACAAAUCCAAUAAAAUUAACAAAAUUAGAAAAAGGGUUGGAAUUAUUAUCUAAAGCAGAUCCAGUAUUAGACUGGUAUGUAGAUGAUGAAUCUGGAGAAUUAAUUGUUUGUGUUGCUGGUGAAUUACAUUUAGAAAGAUGUUUAAAAGAUUUACAAGAAAGAUUUGCAAAAGGUUGUGAAGUUACAAUUAAAGAACCAGUUAUACCAUUUAGAGAAAGUUUAAAAGAUAAUAAAAUUGAAAAAGAAAAUAAAAUUGAAAAAGAAGAAGAGAUUAAUAAUGAAGGAGGAGAAUUGGCAGAUUUAGAAUUUGAAGUAAAUCCAUUACCCAAAGAAAUUACAAAAUUUUUAAUUGAAAAUGAGAAUAAUAUAUCUAAAUUGAUAAAAAAAGGUGAACCAGAAUUUAAAAAUAAAUUGAAACAAGUAGUUGGUUCACACUUUGAUAUAACUAAUAUAAUAUCAUUUGGUCCUAAGAGAAUUGGACCUAAUAUAUUCCUUGACUCUAGUGGUAAAUUCAAACAUUUAUUUGAAGAAUCAAGUGAUAGAUUUGAAGAAUCAAAUGAUAGAUUUGAAUAUGAGAAUAACGUUUUGAAUGGUGUUCAAUUAGCUUUUAAUGAAGGUCCAUUAGCUUCAGAACCAUUACAAGGAAUAUUAGUGACUAUUAAAAAAGCUGAAGCUAAAGAAAUUGAUGAAGAUAAAUUAAUUAAUCCAGGUAGAAUAAUUACACAAACUAGAGAUUUAAUACAUUCAAGAUUUUUAAUGAAAGCACCAAGAUUAUUUUUAGCAAUGUAUACUUGUGAAAUUCAAGCAUCAAGUGAAGUUUUAGGUAAAGUUUAUGCAGUUGUUCAAAAAAGAGGUGGUACAAUUAUAUCUGAGGAAAUGAAAGAAGGUACUCCAUUUUUCACAAUUAUUACAAGAAUACCCGUUAUUGAAGCAUUUGGAUUUAGUGAAGAUAUUAGAAAGAAAACUUCAGGAGCAGCAUCUCCACAAUUAGUGUUUGAUGGAUAUGAUAUUCUUGAUAUUGAUCCAUUUUGGGUUCCUCAUACAGAAGAAGAAUUGGAAGAAUUGGGAGAAUUUGCAGAAAGGACGAAUAUUGCAAGAAGAUAUAUGAAUCAAAUAAGAAGAAGAAAAGGGUUAUUUGUUGAUGAAUUGGUGGUAAAACAUGGUGAAAAACAGAGGACAUUGAAGAAGGACUAG